UGAACCCAACUACAAAUGUUGGGCUCGGCCCAUAUUGUAGCCAUUUCGCUGCGACCCGUUCCCUUCCUUCCGCCGCGAAGCCACAAGGGGAGGGGCAACGCCGCCGACUUUCGCGAUGCAGAUCCUCCGCCGGAAGCUUCUGGAAGCUUCCCGCCGCCUCCCCCUUUUCUGCACCCCGGCCGCCGCGCCCCGCGGCAGCGCUCAUGCGGUCGCCACGCUCGCUGCCGCCGCGCGGUGGGCCCCGCCCGCCGGCGCGGGCUCGCUUGCCGCCGCUCCGUGGGCCGCCACCCAGCGACGCGGCGUGAAGAUGCUCGGCUCCGACGUGAAACUUGGAAAUGUAAUACAAAGAAGAGGUGUGUGCUUACAUCUCUUGUGCUUUACCUUUUCCUUCAAGUAUCACUGACAGUUACUCACUCAUCCCUUUGGUCAACCUUAAAACAAGGUCGCAUUUAUCAGGUAAUAAAAGCACAACAUUCACAUCAAGGAAGAGGAGGGGCCACAAUACAGGUGGAACUGAGGGAUGUUGACACUGGAAACAAAAUAACAGAAAGAUUCCGUACUGAUGAGGCCCUUGAGAGAGUUUUUGUUGAGGAGAAGUCAUUCACAUAUCUGUAUCAGGAAGGAGACACUGUGAUGCUCAUGGAGCCUGAAACAUUUGAGCAAAUUGAAGUUUCAAAGGAUCUGUUUGGCAAAGCUGCUGCGUACCUGAAAGAUGAAAUGAAGGUCAACCUACAAUACUUUGAUGGCCGGCCAAUGUCUGCUACGGUUCCUCCAAGAGUGACUUGCACUGUUGUUGAAGCACAGCCGAAUACAAAAGGGCUUACUGCUCAACCUCAGUAUAAAAGGGUCGUGCUGGACAAUGGUCUUACAGUGCUUGCACCACCUUUUAUUGCAGCGGGCGAGAAGAUUGUAAUCAGUACAGCAGAUGAUUCAUAUAUGACGAGGGCCUGAGGGAUAUCUUGGAUAGCGCAUUGUUAUUCCAAAUGGGAAUUGAAUGCAUUUUCCCUACUAGGAUAAGUUUUCCCUCGUGCAGCUACCGUGGUCGCCAGCAACCGAGAAUUUAGUUUGUAGCCACACAUUUUGUACGCACAGGUGUUCUUAUUUUGUUUGUUUGAAACAUUUAUUCAACAGCUUCCUUUCAUGGAGAACCAUGGGAAUUUUUGUGGGAACACACAACACACGUAGAGAAGCUACGUUGAUAGAUAUUUUGAAAUUAUUUAUAUUCCCUUGUCUGGCUUACUGUUCCUCAGAACAAUGGGAUUUCAUUGUCUAGAUUUCAAUGCAAAUAAAUACGAAGUUUGACUAA